AUGACCCCUAAUCAGACCUUCGCGACUCCGCCAUCGCCGCCGUCGAGCCAUUCGGCGUCGCCGACCGCAGACUCAUCGCGCACGAACACACUCAUCAUCACACAAUUACCUGCAGCAUUUUUUGCGCCAGCCAUUCAAGAGGCAUUGCGCGAUUAUUUUGCUUUAUACGGCGCAAUCCAUGCAUGGGCACCUCUGAAGGCAUUCUCGAGAGUCCUCUUGGUAUAUUACUCAGAAGACGAUGCGGAGCGCGCGAAGCAAAGUUGCGACCGUCUUAUCGUCGGCUCAACGCAGACCAGUCCAGAGAUGACUUUGCGUGUGUAUCGCGCUGACCCGACGCCGAUCCGACAAGCACCAAAGGACGGCAUGGACGACCACUAUCUUCGUCCUCCCCCCAUUGAGAAGAACUUCCUGAUUUCCCCCCCGGGCUCGCCCCCAGUGGGCUGGGAGCAGAUCCGUGAGGAGCCGCCAAACUCUGCGCCACUUGCAGAUGACCUCAUAUCGGCGCUGCGCAAGCUGGAAGUUGAGGCUGUGCACCACCACCAUGGCUCCGGGCUUGAGGUACUGCUGGAGCCUCAGGAGGGUGUCGGCAUCGGGGUUUAUGUCGAGGAUUGCGACAGUGGAGAAGAGGAGGGUGAGGUCGAAGAGGACUGGGUGUAUGGUGAGACAUCGCCUGCUAGGGCGAAGUGGAGACCAAUGUCUACCUCGCGCCCGCCGAUGUCUCAGGCUGUUGGUGCAUGA